ACCGGUCACGUGACGGAGCGGCCGCUAGGCGGCGCUUCGGGUUUGCGGCCCCGCUUUGGCGACAGUGAGGACCGGGGGGCGACGUUGCGGUUCAACGCGCAGAGGACGUAUGACCUUAUAAUGUAGCUGUCCUCCCUUGCUCCCAGUACCCAUGAGGACAUGCAGCCGUACAGGUGGCCUGGUCAUGAGCUGCAGCUUCUUGGAGAGCUGCAGAGACAACAAAACAACGCCCAAUUCUGUGAUGUCCUGUUGAAAACUGAUGGUAUCACGGUCCCGACCCACAGUUGCGUCCUUGCAGCGCUCAGUCCUUACCUGUCUCAGAGGCUGUUGUCCUCCCCGUCCCCCCCGUUGGGCCAGAAGCGUGAGCUCUGUCUCCAGGCGGUAAAGGCCCAGACGCUGCUGAAGCUCGUCAGCCUUCUGUACUCCGGGGAGGUGGAGGUGAACGGAAGCGCGGAGCAGAAUGACUUGCUGUCUGCAGCGGGCCAGUUUGGGAUCGCAGACUUUGUUAACGGACAGAGAAAUGCAGAAGGGUGGGAGGGGGGACUCCAGAAAAGUUGUUUUGGGAGUUUCGGAGAGAAGAACGAAAGCAGACAAACUCCGGCUGCGCAAGUUCAGGCCGGAGGGGCCGGAUGGAGGAACGCAGUUUGUCCAGUCGAAAUGAGAAAUUGUGUAUCCACAGGGAAACAUAAUGUUGAAGCUGAUCAAAAGACUGUGGGAUGUUCCACGAAACACUCACAAACUGAACGUCCACACCCAGUACCUGAACCCGCUGUAGCUACACAUUCGUAUUGUUCGACCUCAUUGGAAUCCCAACGCGUCACACGUGAUGAACAUUUCAGCUCCUCGGCGACCUUCCCCGUCUCGCCCAACAAAGACUCAAACUCCUCAUCACCUCCGGACGACAGCGCCAACGAGCAGUCGUCUAAGAUGGGGGAUAGCAUGCAGGUGUUGGAUGAGGAAGGAACAGGAAACACAAACGGCAAAACAGCUGCCAUUGGGGAAAGAGAUGAGAUGCCAGGAGAGGAAAGGGGAAGCUCCGCAGAGAAGAGGCAUGCACACGUAGGGAUGAAGAGCCUGUCCAAGAUGAGACAGAUGCAGGAGAUGGAGACUUCUAUUAAGAUGAAGCUGAGGAGGAGGAUCAAUGGAGAAGUGUGGGAGGUUGUGAAUGUGCAAGACACAGAGGAUGCGUUGUCAGUUAACUCCCUGAAACAGGAUGACUCCAGCCACAAAAGGCUGCGCGCUGACCCGGUGAGCCGUGAGCCUCCUCUCUCUUGUGUCCAGCCAGGCCCAACUCAUAAACCGGAGGCCACGGCUAUUCAACCCGCAACCAAUCACUCCACCGAGCAACCGCCUCACCCCGACUACGACCCCCAGCUUCUGUCCAGUGACUUCUUCAGUGAAGCGCUUGAGUCGGUCCCGCUGAACCAGGCUGCAGGCUCUGCAGAGGAGUGUGACGAGCAAAUGGAGAAGCUGCUGGAGGACAUCAUGAUGGGUCUGAACAUCCUGCCAAACUUGGACAGAGACUGCAAAGAGUCUGAUUGUCCUCAAACGGACCAGGAAGGAGUACUGGCCAAUUGCCGGGUCCCAGUUACAGAGAACAAGUGGCAGCAGAGUCAAACUCGUGUUGCCGCCGGGGCCGCGGGAUGUGAGUAUUACCAGGACUUUGAGACGCCAAUUGGCAACACAGCAACCAAUACAGGUAUCUAUUGUAAUUUUACAGCUCAGAACCAGCCCGGCUGUUCAAGCCUCUCCUCGGCACAGCCGGCUGCUGUCCAGGAGCACCAGACCUCCCCCGCGAAUCCCUCAUCCGUCACGCCUGUGGGAGGAAGAGAAGGAACAAGCCUGCAGGGCGCCACGCUGUGGAAAACGCUACAUUGUCAAUAUCCAGAAGCGAGGCAAUUUGCAUCCCGCACUUAUUCCCCAGCGUGCCAGGAACCGCCCUCACAAGACAAUCGGCACACGGUGGAGCCUUUUCUCCACGUUAAUGAAAAUGGAGCCCAGUCCUUGCAGCCCUUACGUUGCAUGGAUGACUUGCGGCUUCCUCGAUGUCUCUCUCCGUUAGAGCCGUCCACCUCCACAGCAAAACAUCAGCCCGACCUCAACAGCUCCACGAACCACAGCGAUAUUUUUGAGCUACAGUCACCUGUACGCGGACGACCCUGGCUUGCCAUAAAACCCGGAUUACUACAAUUCCCUCUCAGUGCCAUGGUUCAUGGAGAAAGUAAAAGUGUGUCUUUUCCCCGGCAGUCAAAUUGCAGCAACUCUUCACAGCGAGAGCAGAACCAGCCGGAGUUGAAUCCACCAGGUGGGGAAACCCGGACAGCAUCUUGUUCCGUUCGAGAGGUGAAAGAGAGAGAAGCAAUAUCCGGUGGUCAUGAACACGUGCCGGAGGAGAAAUCUGAUUUCCGGAAGGUGAAGAAAAAUGUCAAAUGUAAACAAGUGGACACUAAAGGUGAAGGUGUGGUGGCUAAAAAGAGGAAAAGGGCGCACUCCGGUCAUCCACUGAACACCAGUUCUCCUUCAGAGUACAUUCGAGUGAAAGUCAGUGAUGGAGCAAAACGUCAAAUGAACCUCGCCGUCUGUUUAGUCAGUUUGUCAAGCAACAACGUCCUGGCAAAGGAAAGAGAAAUGGCCGCCAGUUCAAACGUGCCCAACCCCUUUGCAGGGAAAACAAAUGAACCGUCGACCAUCACAGAAAGUCGGAGAGAGACAACCAGAGGGCCCGGAGAUCCCACUACCAGUCCCAUGCGGAUCAGGACCAGGGGCUUUUUGAAAAAAACUCAAGAGACCCCGGGUAGCUCAAGCACAGAAAGUCCUGUUUUGAAAUCCGCUUCCUGCAGAGCUCAAAUUGUGAAUAAACAAGACGCACCCGAGCAGGGCCGCGGGAGGCAGCGGGCAAAGAGGGGCCGCGGGAGGCCGCGGAAAAUAGCAGUCGAAGCGAUCCCGCCAGACAAAACGAGCCACGAUGUAAAAAGAGAGGAGCAAAUUGACGGCGGUUUGUCAAAGGAGGGGAGCAGGAAGACAAGGAGGUGUAUGAAACGGAUCGGGAAUGAACGCGAAUCGGAGGCGGUUCCACCGCCGGCCUUCAGCGCUGAGGCGGGCCGCGACGCCGACGUGAUCCCUGACCGGAGACUACGCGGAGCGACCAAACCAUCCAGGAUGGUCAAUCUGAAGGAGUUCCAGAAGCUCGUCAAGCGCCAACACUCAAAGACCAGAAAGUCCAGAACGCAAGAGAAGAACAGCCAGGACGAGGAAAGCCGCGAUACCGCAAGAGUCGCAGAGUGUGAGGACGAGAAGGCGCGCGGCAGCGGAUUUGAAGAAUUAACUCGCGAGACAGAAAUGGACGUCGCAAAGCCCCGGGACGGGGACGUGCUUAAAGAGUGUCUCCACAUCUCUAAUGUCGGAGUUGAUGAUAAUAAUAACGAUCCAAUUUUUAACAAAUCAGCGGCUGAGGAUGGCGAGUCCCAGCGAGACGAGACGAACGUCUCUGCCAGUGAGUCCCGGCCAGUGUCGGCCUGCGACGUCUCGGGAGAAGAGGCCGCGUUAGCAGCUGAGACGGAGCAGCCACUGAAGUGUCCCGAUGAAGCCUGUGGUAAAGGGGAGUCAGGUGAAACACCGCAGACUGCCAUCCACGACGAAGGAUCGUUUUACAGUGACACGCACUUGCCUCAAGAAGACGAAAUGCCUCUGUUGAGCCACGGGACGCCACAGAGGACGAGUGAACCGCAGUCGGGCGCUGGGUCCGGCGGCAGCAGCGGCUGCGAUGAAGAGGAGGUAGACGUCCUGCUCUUCACUCCAGACAAAGUGCCGCCGACCCAAGAGUGUGAGAAUGGACUCGACCACAUGGAGAUAACUCCAGAGGAAGAGGACGAGGAGGAUGGGAAUGAGAUUGAUGUAACCGGAGAUGAGGCAGAGUAAUACUUUUGUAUUUGUGCAUAGUUUUUACUAUGUUGUGUGACUAAUUCAGCACUUUGGUGGGCUGAGCAUUAUGUUCUCCCUGAUGUGGUUUUAUGUAUGUCCACAAAGAUGCCAGACAAAGUCAGU